AAAAGUUUGACGAGAUUGAGAAUCGGAAGGGCGUUAAACAGGUGGAGCAAUUGAGCAGUAUUGAGAGAGCGGUGAACGAUCUGACGAAAAGACUUGACGUCAUGGAAAAACGGAUAGUGCAGCAGUGUGAACAGAAAAUCAACGAAAGCGAAAAGCGGACGAUGCAGCACUUGGACGAAAAACUUGCGGGGCGUGAGGACGAGAAAUACAACCUUGCUAAAAUGAAUGCAGUGAUGCAGCGCUCGGGGCAAAACUUUGCUGCGCAGUGCCAAAAGAUGAACGACGACAACAACAAGAAAUUCGACCAUAUCGUGCAAAACCUUCGUGGACUCGCAAAUAAUCUGGGCGACGUGAAGCACGGUCAAGUUGAGCUGAUGAAGCAAGCCCAGAUGAAACAGAAACACGAACGGCAAGGGCGAGUCGACGACUCAUUCCAUGCCGACGUCGUGCAGAGAAAAAUACUUGAUGGUCUCGGUGAUCUUCUGCAACCGGUGGUACAGGCCAGCGUAGCAAAGGGGUUGCAGUCCAUUCGUGCAAGCGGCGAUAAGGGCAGCGUGAAGGACAGAGAACCGCCGCGAAAACAAAAAGUCCGGUACUCAUCUACCAACCACACAUCUGCUCGGCGCGAAGGGGAAUGUCGAAGCGAUCGUCGCCCUAUAUGUAGAUGCAACACGUGUACCAUGGUUCUGCAGUGGCCCGAAAACGAAAGAACAAUGCAGUGUGGUCGGUGUGGUGCUCGGGAGUGCGAGUCUUGCCGGAAAAAGUAUACCGCUCUGAAAAUCAAGGCCUUUCAAACCGAAGAAGAUUUCGCUGGCGCUGGCGUUGAUGCCGGGAUACACGUUUGCCAUCACUGCUCUCGAGACGUCAUCGAAUCAAAAAACACGAUGGAGCCCAGGUGCGCGUCCAUUCCUCAGUCCCCCAGGUCGAAAAUGGUCGACAACGGCAACACUGCUCCUGGGAGCGAGCCGAAGACUUUCCGUAUGACACCCGCAGACCAAAGCUCAUCGAGUGCUCUUCAGCGAUCAGGAGUACAGCGUGUCCCUGACAGACAACCGCAAGGGCAUGACCCCGGGGAUUGGUCUUCCAGUGAAAGUGCUGGUCUGGAAUUUUUUCCACCAAGCUCCAGCAACGAGAGCGAGAGUCAGGACGAGCGUCAAGAUGAAGUCAUUCUGAAGCGCCAGCGAAGCAGUACUAUCGAUAGGAGUAACUAACUUCGUGCAGUCGUGUGUGAAGAAAACUCUGUUGUAGAAGAAUUUUUUCUAAGUAGCAGAAUUCAGUGAUGAAAAGAAUCAGCGCUUUGACAAAAAUAUACUUAGUCAAGCCAAUUCCAACACACAUCCCCUCUCAGGCCAACCCCAUCGUCCGACGAAAAACGUUACACGCAGCGAUCGCGAUCCGCGCCCUCCGAGUUCCGAUCGCGUGGCUGAGGAGGCGCUCCGUAAAGUGGAAGAUAAGCCGGAACUGAAUGCCACGGUUUUCAGAGAAUCGUCGUCGUGUGUGUCGACGAAGGAGGAGCAUGGGAAUACGAAAAGGACGGAAUGGGUUCUGACGAGAAGUCUCGCGCAUUGUCAGCACACAAUAAGCGACAGGUUUUCAUCCGGUGUCAACGGAGGACCUGGACGUCCCCUGGUCGACGUUAUUCAUGAAUUGAUAGAUGGCACCCAGAAGGCAACAGACUUCCCGCGCCUGCAAGUCGUCGAAUUUGUGCCAAAAGACCCAAUAUCUGCCUCGGAUUCGCAUUCGCCGACGGUUUUGGUUACUCUCGACAACAGGCGGACGCAUUGCUUCAAAAUGGCCGGGAUUGAGUGGAUCGAAGUCGAUAUAGUUUCGACUUCGAGCAGCGAGUUCUGGAAGAAUGGAUUCGACAAGUUCACUAGGAACAAAGAAUUCCGCUACGAAGGCAAGGAAGCGAAGUGGGGCCGCGGCCAGUUGUGGCAUGACAUAGCUGUUCUGCCAUCGUAUCCACAUGAAGGUGCCGAUACGUGUCCGUGGGCAACGUCAAAUCAAACCUCCUAUCCAAAGCCCGAAGGAGAGUGUAGAUGCUACUACUGCUGCGAUGGACGAGCACGUGGAAAGCCGUAUACGCACUGGCCCGGAGCAGAGGGCGGCACCAACUACCCCGAUAAUAACUGCUGCAGUGCAGUAGACUCUUGUUGUCAGAAGUCGGCUCAGCAGGGGGGACAGAAUUACCCGGAUCUCGUUGAGCAAAUGGAAAGUCGUGAUCGUGCCUCGAAGUGGUACGACCAGAAUGACGAAGCAAAUAAAUCGGAAUGAAAAGUUUUUGUCUUGAAAACUUUGCCACAUGUCAAAGAAAAUGAAGUAAGUCCUUACCUAUUCCGUUGUCGUUUCCUAUUCUAAUUCUACUUCGCGCUGAUACAAAGUUCUUUAGUUCUUGCGAGAUUUCAAGUUAGGUACUACUCGUUCAAGCACAUUCCCAUUCUAUAUCAACACUGAAG